CAACGAAAUAUGAACAUCCAAAGUGAAUCUGUCAACACGUGGUCCACUAGAGAUGACAGACGAAACCACUCACAACGAGGUGGAGCACCGGAGAUAAGAGAACAAAUCAAUCAUUGGAUCAUUAGACUAAGCAAUUCAUCGCAGAGUGUUCACAAGACUUGGGUAAAGGCAGCUUUUAAACACAAAGUAAAGAUCGGAUAUUUCCAUUAUUCACUUCAAAACACUGCUUCAAUUCAAAAAGCAUGCUCAACAGUGGUACACAGCCUUACAGACCGGAUGAAAAAAUCACUCAGUACAAAAGGAAACAUCUCAUCUUUUGUCAAGGGUGUUUGCACACAGAAGAAAUGUUUCAAACUGAAUUUGAACCCAAUAAAUAAAAAUUGGAAUGUGCAAGCCAUAUGGUGUUCAACGAAAUCCUACAGGCUCAGUAAAGGAAAUCAGAUAAGGCACAUAACAUACUCUAUGUACUGCUGGAAAGCAGCUAAAACUAAUUUAUAUGGGUCAAGUUAUAAAAUAGGAAUAUACGGAUUUGAUGCGGAUCUUUUGCUAGAAGUAGAUGCAGGCCCAGUUGAUUGCAAUGAGGAUAAUGUUUCUUACUAUAUUGGAGUAGCAAAUACCAACAAGAUAUUUAUAAUUUGGAACAACAAAUGUGUGGUCUAUGAAGUAGGUGACAUUAUGGAUCCUGCCAGAGAAGAAAGGUGCUCUCGUUUUCUUGAACAUGAUUCGUGGAUAAAGCAAUGGCCAGAAACAUCAAUAACUGGAAACUACAAACUACAAAUUCUACAAUGAUAAUAUUAUACAUGAACCCUCUGGCGCAGCCUGUUCAAUUGUAAAAUGCAUUACUGUAUUCAAUUUUAUCUAUUAAAUAUUUGACCAAUAACUUCUUAUA